AUGGUGUCCAAGCUGAGCCACCUGCAAGUGGAGCUGCUGGGAGCGCUGCUGGAGUCCGGCCUCACCAAGGAGACCCUGAUCAAGGCGCUGAGCGAAGCGGAGCCCUACGCGCCGCCGAGCGAGAGCCAGCGCGCCAUCCAUGCGCUGCAAGCGGAGAAGGGGGACGGCGACGGCGCCGCGCUGCCCAACGGCCUCGCGGAGGCCCGGCUCUCCGAGGAGGAGACCGACGACGACGGCGAGGAGUUCACCCCGCCGAUCAUGAAGGAGCUGGAAAACCUGAGCCCUGAGGAGGCUGCUCACCAGAAGGCGGUGGUGGAAAGGCUAUUACAAGAGGAUCCCUGGCGGGUAGCGAAGAUGGUGAAAUCCUACCUCCAGCAGCACAACAUCCCGCAGCGCGAGGUGGUGGACACGACCGGCCUCAACCAAUCCCACCUCUCGCAGCACCUCAACAAGGGCACUCCCAUGAAGACCCAGAAAAGGGCCGCCCUCUACACCUGGUACGUCCGCAAGCAGCGAGAGGUGGCCCAGCAAUUCACGCACGCCGGCCAGGGCAUCCUGACAGAGGAGCCCAUGGGAGACGACCUGCCCACCAAGAAGGGAAGAAGAAACCGCUUCAAGUGGGGCCCUGCCUCCCAGCAGAUCCUGUUCCAGGCCUACGAGAGGCAGAAGAACCCCAGCAAGGAGGAGCGGGAGGCGCUGGUGGAGGAGUGCAACAGAGCCGAGUGCAUCCAGAGGGGCGUCUCGCCGUCGCAGGCCCAGGGGCUGGGCUCCAACCUGGUGACCGAGGUGAGGGUCUACAACUGGUUUGCCAACCGCCGGAAGGAGGAGGCCUUCCGGCACAAGCUGGCCAUGGACACCUUCAGCGGGCCGCAGCCCGCGCCCCCGCUGCCCCCUCACAACUCCUCCUCCCUCCAGCCGCCUCCUGCUCUUUCACCCAGCAAAGUCCACGGAGUGAGGUACAACCAGCAACCAGCCACGGAGGCAGAGUCCUCCAGCAGCAACCCGCACGGGAACAGCUCCCUGGUGACCACCCAAACCAUCCUGCACCAGGUCUCUCCCCCCGGCCUGGAGCCCAGCCAGAACCUCCUGAGCACAGACACUAAGCUGGUGUCGGCGCCCGGGGGCACGCUGCCCCCCGUGAGCACCCUGACGGCCCUGCACGGGCUGGAGCAGAGCCCGCACGCGCUGGGCCAGCAGCCGCAGAACCUCAUCAUGGCAUCGCUGCCCGGCGUCAUGGCCAUCGGCACCGGAGACACCUCCUCCCUGGCGCCUGCCUUCACCAACACGGGCGCCUCCACGCUGGUCAUCGGCCUGGCCUCGACGCAGCCCCAGAGCGUGCCGGUGAUCAACAGCAUGGGGAGCAGCCUGACCACCCUGCAGCCCGUGCAGUUCUCCCAGCAGCUGCACCCGUCCUACCAGCAGCCCCUCAUGCAGCAGGUGCAGAGCCACAUCAACCAGAGCCCCUUCAUGGCCACCAUGGCCCAGAUACAGAACCCGCACGCUCUGUACGGCCCCAAGUCGGAGGUGGCCCAGUACACGCACACCAGCCUCCUGCCCCAAACCAUGGUGAUAACAGACACUGCCAACCUGAGCGCCCUCACCAGCCUGACACCAACCAAGCAGGUAAGAGCCUCAAGCAGUCAACUUUGCCUCCAGGCAUUCGCGUCCGACUCAGAAUCCCACACGGAGUCUGGGAUGCACACGCCGGUGUCGCAGGCGCCCACAAUCCAUCUACAGAGCCAGGACACAGCCAUCCAGCACCUGCAGCCGGGCGCUCGCCUCACCUCGAGCCCCGCAGUCUCCUCCGGCAGCCUUGUGCUCUACCAGAGCUCCGACUCGCCCAGCAGCCACAGCCAGCUGCUGCCCUCGGCCCACAGCGCCAUCGAGACCUUCAUCUCCACGCAGAUGGCCUCGUCCUCGCAGUAA